AUGGUUGAAGGAGUAUUUAUAAACUUUGUACCAUAUAAUAAUUCAAAGUGUACUGGAGAAUCUAUUGGUAUUGGGUAUUCAUUUCAAUUAGAUCAAUCACAACAGUGUAUACCUGGUAUAUCGGAAUCGAGUCAAUUUACAUUCAACCAAUCACAAACCUUAACACAAGAUGUUGGUAUGACAGUCAAUUUGUUUGGUUUGAUUGCAUCGAUAGACUAUUAUUCAUCGUCAACAUGUUCACCACAAUCUAAAGUAAAUUCUACUGCCUACAAACAUAAUGGAUGUUAUCUCAUUCAAUUACAAUCGAUUCAACAGUGGUCACAGAUUAUCAUCAUUGAGAGUAAUGACAAUCCACUACCAAUAUCAACUGAUUCACCCUAUGCUUUGGUUUAUUCACAGUAUACCUCUGAACAAUCUUGUCAACAAUCCUCUUCACCUUCAUCAUCAUCCUAUCAAUACUAUUAUACAAUUUCAAACAACUCUACCAUUGAAAUUGACCAACAACCUCCUUCACUUUUAUUUACUUGUUCAACAAAUCAACAACCAACUUUAUCAAUUGAUUGCAAUGUUCAAGAAGGACAAGAAGAUUGUAAAACUUUAGAUAUUGGAUAUCAAUGUAUUAAUAAUAAUAAUAAUAUUUAUAGUUCACAACAAUGUUAA